AAUAAGAUCUCACGGAGUCUUUUCAUUAAUAAGUACGAUAAAAGAUGGAUUCAAGAUUCAACGAUACCGGUCCUUCCCUGAGGUAUAUUGAUGAAAAGAGUGGCGAUGAAUAUGCAGUUGUGAAAGCUUUACAUAUGAGUGGUGGAGAUGGAGCCAACAGUUACUCCGCCAAUUCUCUUUUUCAGAGAAGAGUUUUAUCAAUGGCCAAACCAGUCUUGGUAAAAAACACCGAAGAAAUGAUGAUGAAUUUAAACUUUCCUAACUAUAUCAAAGUUGCUGAAUUGGGUUGUUCUUCGGGGCAAAACACGUUUUUGGCUAUGUCUGAGAUCAUCAACACCAUCAAUGUGUUGUGCCAACAAUCGAACCAAAACCCUCCAGAAAUCGAUUGUUGUCUCAAUGAUCUUCCGGAAAACGAUUUCAACACAACGUUCAAGUUGGUACCCUUCUUCAAAAAGGGGCUCAUGAUGACUAACCAAGCAUCAUGUUUCGUCAAUGGAACACCAGGUUCCUUCUACUCUAGGCUCUUCUCUCGCAAUAGCCUCCAUUUUGUACAUUCAUCUUACUCUCUCCAUUGGCUCUCCAAGGUUCCAGAAAAACUCGAGAAUGAUAAGGAAAAUGUGUACAUAUCAAACUCAAGUCCUCAAAGUGCUUACAAAGCUUACUUGAAUCAGUUCCAACGAGAUUUCACAAUGUUUCUAACGUUACGCUCUGAGGAAAUGGUCUCUAACGGACGAAUGGUUCUUACCUUCAACGGUAGAAACACUCUUAACAGUAAUCCAUUGUAUAGAGAUUGUUGUCACGUUUGGACACUGCUAUCAAAAUCUCUCUGUGACCUAGUCUUCGAGGGCCUAUUGAGUGAAUCAAAACUGGAUGCAUUCAACAUCCCAUUUUAUGACCCGAAUGAACAAGAAGUGAAGGAAGUGAUACAAAACCAAGGCUCUUUUGAAAUCAGUGACUUAGAGACACAUGGAUUCGGAGUCAAUAAAGCUAUUAACCAUAAAGUAGGAUACAAUAGAGCCAAAUCUGUAAGAGCCGUUACUGAACCAAUGCUCAUUGCUCAUUUUGGAGAAGAUAUUAUCGAUAUCUUGUUUGAUAAGUAUGCUCGCCAUGUGACACAACACGCGAACUGCGGAAACAAAACGAGUGUCGUUCUUGUCGUCGCGUUGACCAAGAAGUAAACAGCUUUUGCUUGAAUAUAUUUGCUUGUAUAUUUACUUUUUAUGUACUGUUGUUUGCCUUUUCUGUCAAUAAUUUAUAAGACUUGCCCCUCAUACGAUAAUGUGAUAUGCUUGUCGAAAAUAUAUUGCGAUGUUGUGUAUUAGGAGUUUUUAAUUACAUCCCAAAAUAUUAAAUAUUAAUGUGGUUUUGGUCAUAAUUUUGAAGUAUUAUAAACACAAAUACAAGUUAAUUAUUUUAAGUUCAUACCAUUUGAUUAAGUAAAUCUUUGCCAGCACACAAAUUUGUUCCAUUAAUUAGACAAUGUGCAAUGCAAUGGACAUGUUAAGUUCUUUAUUCAACAUUUGCAAAUUUACAGUGAACUAGUUAAAAACGAAAAAAACAAAUCAGCUCAUCUGAGUGAACUAAUUCAACAGUUGAAUUUUCACACAACAAUUUCAAUUAUUUGAAAACAAAAAAAAAACUAGGACCACAGUGACACAUGUCAUCAUUA